AUUGACUGGAAGAAGGAACCAGGAGUGAGUGUCCAUCAUCCUAUGUCCUGGAGACUGAGGCCGAGCGUCAGGCCUCAGAUCUCCUUUAUACAGGGGCCUGUGGGAGGAGCCACAGGAGCAUUCAGCAGGGACCGUGUCCAGACAGGCACAUAGUUCACCAUAUCCAGUAAAAACGUUGUCUCAUUUUUACUAUGCACUGUACCAGCAGUUAUGAUGGAAAUGACAACAAAAGUGACUUGACUUGAGUCUGCCGAACACCAGAAAGUGUGACAGCACCCGGCACACCCUGAAGUGUGUUGGCUGUUAAUACAAACAAUGCAUUUUUUACUGCGGAUCUCUUUAUACGCGUUCCUGUGUAUUCCAAUACCGGAAUAUUGAACAUUGGCUGCAGUCAAUGAACACUCCGCUCCGGCAGGUGGCGCAGACUUUCCAUUUCUCCCCAUGGCGUGUUGAGCAUGAGACCUCCGCCCCGGCAGGGGGCGCGGACCUCCCAUCGCCCCUCCUUGGCGCACGGAGCUUGAGACCUCCGCCCCGGCAGGGGGCGCGGUAGAGUGCUGGCGGACCUGCCGGCACCGCGCAUGCGCCGAGCUGGGAGCGCCGCCCCGCUCCCCAUAUAGCCUCCCAGAGAUCGGCCGCUGGCUUGUUUACCCUCCGACUUGGGCCCGCCGUUGCCCUGCCCCGCCGUUGCCCUGCCCCGCCCGGGGUGAGCUAUGCUGGUGGCCGGGGGCCGGUUGCGAGGAUGUCAUGGUUCUUCCCCUGGUCGAGCUCCAUCAAGAUGCGGGCCUGCUGCUACCUGCUGCAGCAUUACCUGGGUCACUUCUUCGAGGAGCGGCUGACGCUGGAGCAGCUCAGCCUGGACCUGUACAACGGCAGCGGCCGCAUCCGCGACGUGCAGCUCGACGUCUGGUCCCUGAACGAAUUCCUGGACUCUCUGGGUGUUCCUCUGGAGAUGACGGAUGGCUUCAUCAGCAGCAUCUCAGUGACCAUCCCCUGGUCUGCCCUCAUCACUGACAACUGUACCGUGGAGGUGUCGGGAUUGCAGAUCACAUGCAGACCCAAGUACUGCUUUGCCCCAGGGACCGAGUCUCCCAGCUGGUCAUCGUGCAUGACCACCAGCAUGCAGCUGGCCAAAGAGUGCCUGCAGGAGCAGUCCGAGGAGCCCACGCAGCCCCUGGAGGGGCUGGAGAUGUUUGCACAGACCAUCGAGACUGUGCUGAGGAAGAUAAAAGUGACGUUCCUGGAUACCAUCGUCCGAGUGGAACACACCCCCGACAGCUCCAGGACUGGUGUGGCCCUGGAGAUGCACAUAAAGAGGUUGGAGUACUGUGACGAAGCUGUGAAGGACUCGGUCAGCACGGCGAAGAAGGACCCCAUACCCAUCGACAUCCACCAGCCCCCUGCCUUCGUUCACAAGGUGCUACAGUUUUCCGGCGUGCUGCUACAUUAUGAGGAUGUCUUAGAGCAGGAAGUGGAUCCCCCACUCUCAUCACCUCUACCGCAGCAAGAGGAACUGAACGCUGACCCCACCCCCGACACAAGCAGCAGGCCUGCAGAGCGGAGGUCUGCAGUGGUGUCUUCUCAGCUGGUGCAGAUCGGCAGCUGUACGGGCUGCGUGGAGAUGACCAUUAAACUCAAGCAGAAUGAUGCUCUCCCUGGACCGAAGUUGGAACUGGACGGGAAGAUGGGCGCCCUGCACCUGUUCCUGAGUCCUCACCAGCUCUCCAACCUGACAGAUCUUCUCGGCACACUGAGCCUUUCAGAAGUGAGUGGAUUGACGGAAAAGCUGAGCAAGAGUCGGCCACUCGACCCCGAGGAUUUCAAAUUGAUUGAGCAGGACCUCAACAAGCAGCUUCACUCGGGCCAGAGCCUGGCACGUUCCCGGACCGAAGAGUUCGAAUUGCUCACGGGCACCGAGAACGGGGUGUCUUCAGAGAUGUUCUUCUCCAUGGCCCCAAUGACGAGCAGUGUGGCCUCCGUGCAGACGGUGAGCGAGAUGUCAGAAGUGGACCUGGGAGGCUCGAUGUACAGUGAUUACAGCAGCUCCCCUCUGCAGGCACCCUCGCUGGGCACAGGCCUGCUGAUGGGUUCACCGCGCCGGAGUGGGGGUAGCCUCUUUCCCUCGGGUCUCCCCAGCUUACAGAGCGUGAGCAGACAGCAAGGCAGGUCCCAGCAGCCCCCGUCACUGGACAGCGUGAAGACCGAGGUGCUGCUGAAGCUGACCUUCGGCGGAGUCACGGCCACGCUGCUGCACCUGGAAUGCAAGCCGCCAGCCACCCUGCCCGCUGCCACCCGCCACUACUUCACCGAACUGACGUACUUCAAGGACGCCAUCUUCGGAGGCCGCGACUUCACCCACACGAGGAGGCAGUUUGAGAGGGCCUGUCCGCGGAGUAACAUCAGGCUGAUCGGCAGUGCGGUGCAGCUGGCUUGUGAACAGAAGACAGGCAGAGGCGUGCAGUUCUUGUGCGCAGACGCCUGCUUCGGCGCAAUGGAGAUACUGGAGAGCCUGUGGCCUGCCGGGACUCAGCACAGGGUCGAGUACACAGAGCUGCUGAUCUUCAGGAAGUCGCCCGCAGUGUCCGGUGAAUCCAGUGCCUGCCCCUGUGCGCAGGUCCACUACAGACAGACAUGCAGCGAGGAAGGCAAGGGCACUCGGAGGAGAUCAGGCACAAAGUGCAGUGCCGAGCUGGUGGUCGAGCUCCAGGAGGCCCACGCAGACGUUGACGUCAGCUUUCUGGACAGGGUGGACCCUCUGCUGCGAGCGUGGCCGACGCCAGAGAGGGAAUUCGUGGCAGAGCAGUCCAGGUCUGCGGAGCCGACACUGCUGUCCGGAUUGUCAGCCGUCCGGGCCGACCCUCCUCCCACCCAGGGGCGUCCGACGGUGGUGCAGAUCACGGCGCCCAGCGCCCACUUGCGGCUGCAGUUCCCCGUGCCGGACCUGCGCCGCGAGUCAGAGCGCCGCCCCUGGUUCCAGAAGGCCGUCAGGAAGGAGAGCCUGCUGCUGGAGUGCAGGGACCUGGUCUUCAGAUCCGAGCUCGGGGCCCGUUCCGCCACGGAUCCCGUCAAGUAUGAGCUCAGCUUCACCGACCUGCACGGUGUCUACGAAGAUGGGCUGAAGCCUGGCAUUUCGUGCAUUCGAGUCAACAAAACAAGUGAUAAAGUAGCCGGUACAAAAUGCACAACCCCCAAGAUAGUACUAACGGUAAACCCGGACUACAGCGGCACCCAGUGGGAUUUGCUCAUGGAGAAGACAGAGGACAUCGACCUCUCUACCGUGGAAAGUCCCUGUGAGUUGAAGCAGCCCGAACCCUCUCCGUUCUCGUCCAAGCGCACCAUGUAUGAAACAGAGGAGAUGGUGAUCCCGGGAGAGCCGGAGGAGAUGGCAGAAUUCCAGUCUCAGACGCUGGCCUCUUCCCAGUACAUCCUGGAGCUGACCCUGCCCGCCCUGCACCUGCUGCUUCCCAGUAAGGAAUUCUAUCAGAACAUCUACAACAGGUUUAACAAUGACUUGCUGAUGUGGACACCGACAGGGCCGUCUCUGGACAGUCCCUCACAGAGCACCGACACCACUGGGAUCAACCCUCUACCGCUGAAUUCGAUGUUGGGAGCACCCUUUGCACAUGACAACUUCCGGCUCUGCAAGUCGGCAUUCAGACUGGACUCGGACUCAGAAGAUGAGGACUCGCACUUCUACUCGAAUGAGGAGUCGGGAAGGAGAAGGAAGAUGGAGGGCAGGAGGGGUCACGCGCAGAGCUUCGUGUCGGCCGUCGUGAAUGUCGGCAAAGGGAGGGUCACAGCCCUCACGGACUCAAAGGGGGAGGCAGGGAAGGCUGUCAGCGGGUUCCACGGAGAACUGGUGCUCGACGUGGAGAACGGCACCAUCUUCAGUGUGUCGCAGUACAAGGGCCAACUGGAACUGGGCUACCUCUGCAUCGAAUCCAGCAAAGUAUCCCUGUACCAGAAAGCUGACGUGGAGGACUACCCCCUCCCGGAGAUGUUAGAAGUGCCAAGCUUCACUGCCCCAGCGGGUCUACCCCCGACCAUCCUGUUCACGGACGAGGUGCUGGCCACAGGCUCCUCUGCGGCCCCAGGGCGGAGAGACAGGAGCCUGCGCAUGCUGGCUGUCGCCAUCAAGACCACCCUGGACACCACGAACAACAUCAAGGAAUUCCUGGUCGCUCUGAGGCUGCAAGGUGCGACUUUGUGUCACCGGAUGGCCCUCGCCAACCAGAGCUGGCACGAGCAGCUGAUGGAUUUCUUCGAUGUGCUGGAUGAACCAAUCCUGGGCUACGUCCCCCCAAACGUGAUCACUGUCUUACACACUCACCUACUCAGCUGUGCACUCGACUACAGGCCCCUCUAUCUCCCUCUGCGUGUGCUGAUCACUGCCGAGACCUUCACCUUGUCCAGUAACAUCAUCGUCGACACUGCGACCUUCCACCUCAGGUACAGUCAUUGCGAGACUCGCCAGCGGCAGGCACGCGGACAGGGCAGAGAUGGACUCUGGGAGCGUCAGAAAGAGCUUUCAGUGGGCUCCCUUGGCUGGGAUCCCAGAGGGGAGCUCCCCCGGUCGGCUCGCGGCCCAGCAGCAGGGGGAGCCCUGAGGCCCAGGCUCGGGUUUAACAUCACUGCUGCUGCUUAUGCUGCAACACUCUCCUUACCCCAUUCCUACCCCUCUCUCUACCCCCAUUCCUACCCCUCUCUCUACCCCCAUUCCUACCCCUCUCUCCGACCCCCAUGCCAACCCCUCUCUCCUACCCCCAUUCCUACCUGCCGGGAAGCCGCGGAGCCCCGUCAUUCUGGGUCUGUGCAGAGUCUGACUGCGGUGUCACCCCAUACAGAUUACGUGUGCGUGCUGGACAUCGACCUGCUGGAGCUGGUCAUCACCACCUGGAAGGGAGACCUGACUGGCAAGCCGGCGCAGCCCCUGUUCGAACUGCGGUGCUCCAACAACGUGGUGCACGUUCACACCUGCGCCGACUCGUGCGCUGCGCUGGCCAACCUCAUCCAGUACGUGGUGAACAGCGGCGAUCUGCACCCUCCCCCCAGGCAGGACACCCCGACCGAGAUCGCCGGGCAGAGGCUGCAGUUGCCAGAGUCAGCGCCGGUCCUCCCCCCUCGGUUCCCGGCGGAGACGGCGGAGAUCAACCAGGGGGAUCUGACAGACGCUCUGAUCGACACCGAGCGGAGCCGCAGAGACUCAGCUGACGGGACAGCAGGUGGGAUGCCGUUACUCCGCCAGGACUCCCCCGUGUCCGUCUAUCUCUUCCCGGGUGAGAACAACCAGGACAAGCCUGCGGCAAAGCUGCCCCCGAUGGCCGAUCGGCUGGACGUGUUCCCCAGCGAAGGAAGCGAGGCGGGCAGUGACUCCACUGACAACGAUGACUUCUGCAUCCUGGAUGCGCCGGGCAUGGGCAUUCCGCCCAAAGACGGAGAGCCGGUUGUCUCCAAGCUGACGGACGAAACCAUCGUGAUCAAGGACGGUUACUUCUCCCGGCCCAUAGGCAGCACAGACCUGCUGAAGGCCCCGUCCCGGUUCCCCGUCCCCGACACCCGGAUCAUGCUGAGGGAAAUCUCCGUGGUCUGGCAUCUGUACGGAGGGAAGGACUUCGGCUCACUCCGCCCAUCUUCCUUUCACUCGCAUUCACCCAGGAUGAAGCCGGUCGCCGUCAGCGCGAGGAGCUCCCCAUCUCGCUCUGCCUUCCCCAACAGGCCACAGAACACGUGGAGGAUGCAGGGGGGCUCAGGACGAAACCACGACAUCCUCAUGGAGAUCCAACUUACCAAGGUGAGCUUCCAGCAUGAGACAUACCCUGUUGCCACGGCCAUGCCGGAGAAGGGAUCGAUGGAGUUGCGUGCUCCCGAGCUUGAGGAGCUGCCCAUAGCUCGGCAGGUCUUCAUUGUGCAGGAGCUGGAGAUCCGUGACAGGCUGGCAUCUUCGCAGAUUAACAAGUUCCUUUACCUCUACACCAGUGAGAAGAUGCCCAGGAGGGCCCAUUCCAAUAUGCUGACCAUCAAGGCCCUCCACGUCAGGCCAGAGUCUGGGCUCGGAGGUCCCGAGUGUUGCCUGCGAGUCUCCCUCAUGCCGCUACGCCUCAAUAUUGACCAGGAUGCCUUAUUCUUCCUGAAGGACUUCUUCACUGCGUUUGCAACAGGAAUCAAUCCCGUUGUUCCUGUGGAUUCGGCUGUGGAAGCCAAACCUGAAUCCAGCCAGAGGAGCAGUGGAAUCUUCGAGGCCGAAUCCUGCCAGAGUGGUCUGGAGAUGCCGGAGAUGACCGCCUCGAUGGAGACAGCCUUCAGCGAGCACAGUUCAUCGUCCGCCGCCUCUUCCUCUGAGCAGCCUAUCUACUUCAGGGAAUUCCGAUUUAUCUCAGAGGUGCCCAUCUGGCUGGACUAUCACGGAAAGACUCGUAACCAUGGAUCAACCUUGGUUCUCAAUCCCACCUGUCUCCCACUCGGUGAUGACAAUACCCCUUGGUUCUCAAUCCCACCUGUCUCCCACUCGGUGAUGUUGAUGCUCCUUGUCUAUACGAUAACUGUCUGUGUUGGUCUGUCUCUCAGGCUACUGGGGGUAGACAAGGUGAUCAACUACGCGCUGACCGAGUGGCUGCUUGACAUCCGGAAGAACCAGUUGCCGGGAAUUCUCGGAGGUGUGGGGCCCAUGCACUCAGUGGUACAACUGUUUCACGGCCUCCGGGACCUCUUCUGGCUACCGAUUGAACAGUACCGGAAGGAUGGGCGGAUCAUCCGCGGGCUCCAGCGCGGUGCGGCGUCCUUCGGAACCUCCACCGCCUCGGCGGCUUUGGAGCUGAGUAACCGGCUGGUGCAAGCUAUCCAGGCUACCGCGGAGACUGUGUACGACAUCUUGUCUCCGACGCCACCGGUGACCAAGGCAAUCAUGGACCAGAAGUAUCUGAAGAGGUACAGGAGAAUACAACAGCCAGCGGACCUCCGAGAGGGCGUUGCCAAAGCUUACGACACCGUCCGAGAGGGUGUCAUCGACACAGCGCAGACCAUCUGUGACGUGGCCACCAGGGGACACGAGCAGAAGGGAAUCACAGGAGCCGUGGGAGGAGUCCUGAGGCAGAUCCCGCCCACCGUGGUCAAGCCGCUCAUCGUGGCCUCGGAGGCCACCUCCAACCUCCUGGGGGGCAUGCGUAACCAAAUCAAGCCGGACGCUCGCAAGGAGGAAAGCCUGAAGUGGCGCACGGACGAGGCUCACGAGUAGCCUGCUAACUCUGCCAGCCCUUCUGUCUGCCCUCCCGUUUCUAAAACGCAGAGUCAACCUUGUCAGCUAAACAGAAAAAGUGCCAUUAGCUUCUGCGUUCUGUCAGCAGCAAAGGUGGACGCAGAGAUAGACGCUGUACGCGCAGAGUAAUUCAUCGCCGGGUCGUGUGCGAUGAUGUCGGGAGAGCAGGAGUGGUUUUCCCCACCACCCGGCACGCCACGGGCCCUGCAAGUGUACAGACCCGUGUUUCCCUCCCCCUCCCAGGUGUGUGUGUGUAUGUGCGUGUGAAUGUGUACGAGCGUUCGGCAGGAGUGUUAUACGGGGGAAGAGAUAAAGAAGAAUUGGGGGAAUUUUCACCACAGCUCCUGUGCUUGGCAUAAUAGGGGUGGGUACAAAAUAAAUUCAUAAAAUCUAUAAAUUAAUCAAAGGUCAUUG